AUGGCUGGGGACAGUAGUUUUGAAAAUAAGAAGUUAGAUUUUAAGGAGGAUUUAUUGCCUGAAAUACACCCUGAAAGUGUGAGAGUGAGGAUGAUAGCGAAUCGUAUUUUUGAUGCAUUGAAGAGAGACUUGAGUAAAAAGAAUAUGUGGCGUGAUGAUUUAGGGAAGAGUAGGAAAAAGGCGAAUCAACGUCAGUCUCAUCAGCCUUGUACGUCGCAUUUAGACGGAUUGAAUUGGGGUAUUUUGGUGGUGAAUGACAACACUAUUGCUAAUGCCUACUCCUAUCCUAAUGGGAAGGUAAUGGUAUUUACAGUGUUGUCAAAUAUCGGCCAUGUCAAUAUUUUGGAUUUUCGCCAUGGUUUGCAUUUGCAAACAAUAUCACUGACUCUACCAGGUCCCAGACAAGAAAUUGAAGCUGAUUACAUUCGGCUUCUAUUACUUGCAUCGGCUGGCUAUGAUCCCCGGGUGGCACCUAAAGUCUAUGAGAAGUUCGGAAAAAUUUUCGGCGAUUCUUUUCUCAAUUAUUUCAGUACUCAUCCAUCAGGACAAAAAAGAGCAAAAUUGCUUUCUCAAGAUGAGGUGAUGAAAGAAGCUGUUACUAUAUAUGAAAAUGCAAGAGCUGGACAUGAGAAAUGA